UGCUCUUAGUUUGCGGGACAUACAAAAUUUGUGUAAAAAGGAAAGUCAAAUGACUACAAGGCGCGUCGCACGUUCUUACAUCGUGGGUAUGUGGCGUAGUUUCCAAAAUCACGCGAUUUAACACAGCAUGGCUUUUCAGUUAAUCCCGAGACGUUUGACACCUUGGACGAGAAUACUCGGUGUGGCAUGGCUGAUAGGUCACCUGCCGAAAUCAUUUUUAAAACAUAAGAGUAUAACUCUUGUCUGUAUAUUGAACUAUAACAUUAAAUAUAAUAUAUACGUUUUGUUUCUUGAGAACCACACACAAUCAUAAAAUAGAGAAGCGCACAUUUCCGGUUGUUGAGGCAAAUCUAGUGGUUGAAGACAAUAGCUACCAAGUUAAGGAAAACUAAGGCCACACACUUAUGAUUCAAGUCUAAGUUAACCCCUUUCCAAAUAUUUUUUAGCUGAUUAAGUAAUAUGAAUAAUUCAGUCAUCUCGUGACUUUCCAAGGGUGUAAAAAUACCGAAUACGUUGAUAUAUGGUACUGUAUUCAUUACGAACUCCUUGUAGCAACAAUUAGGUUAACAUUAAAUGAUAUUCCUUGCUCUGUGAAAUGUAGUGUACUAUUGAACAAAAUAUAGUUUUGCACGAAAUGAUACAAAUUACUUAAAAUCAUUUGUUACCCAAAUUUAAAUGUGAGACAGUAAAUAAACAUUAGCACACAAUGUUGAAAAUAAAUAUAUAAAACUAAAUGCAUUUACAAUGCAGCAUUUUCGUGUGCCAAACUAAUUAAUUGCUUUUGCUUAAGUUGUUUUUAAACACGCAAAAAUCAUUUAUUUAUGGUUUGUACUGUCGAAUGAAACUUUAAAAUAAAAAAAUACUUCCGAGGCAAUUAAUAAUAAUGAAAAAUUCGCUGCCAAUACUUAUAUACCUAUUAAUAUUUCUAGUCGCAACGUACGGAAAUAAAGACGUAAACCCAAGCACGAUAGAGCUACGCACGAGCAGCUGGAGGCAUAUGUGUUGUUUUGCUAAGCACACCCAGAAAUAGGUACGGGGAAAAAUUGCCCAAAAACGCCUCAACGGAUGAAGGAGUUGCGGCAACAGCUGGCAGAUCAACUUAAUUUGUGCAGAGGACCAAUAAGAAGUGCUGCAAAAUGGAAAGAGACGUUAGGCGUUUGGAAAAGCCAACUGCGCACUCGAGCAAGGCGGUUGAAAAUGACUCAAAGGCUCACAGGUGGAGGUCCAAGUUCCAAGCCGAUGACGGACUUCGAAGAAAUGGCUUUGUCUACAUUUGGCUCAGCCGCUGUAGAUGGGAUGCAAAAUGUACAAAGCCUAGGUUUAACGCCAAUUGAGGAAACGGAUGAAUGCGCAAUUUCAUCACCCAUGGGUAGUCCUCUACAAUUAUGCAGUCAGGUAGAUGCAAGCCCAAAUCCCGAACACUAUACAGCAAGUCCAUCGACACCACCUAGGUAUCUUAGCUUGGAAAACCAGGAUGCUUCAACUUGAUAUAUCAAAAAGGAAUGCUGCUGAGGAAGAGAGGCGACGGGAGCCUCGUGAAAUGAUGCAGGCACUAAUAAAAUCGUUUACUAAUAAUGUAAAAUAAUAUCUAAAGUUUAAUUAAAAUUGAAAUAACGUAGGUAUAUGUAAUAUUUUUAUUUAAUUAAUAUUUAUUGAAUUAAUUAAGUUUGGUUUUUUUGUUUUAUAAUAAAAUAAAAACAAAUGGAAUGCAAA